AUGAAGUUAUCAGUGUCGGCUUAUAGAGCCCAGGCCAGUGCCCACAAGAAGAUCCUCUGUAAUUAUCAGCAUCAGCUGAGCUACGGUGCUACCACACAGGCAGCCCGGACCACCUCAGAUCCCGCGGCCGUCCUCUCUGGCCUCAAGGUGGAUCGUGCGGAGAACGAGGAGGCCCAGGGCGGAGGUCUGGCGCAAUCCAGUUACCCUGGUGCGUCAAGUUCGAGGAUGGGUCCUGGGCUGGACUCUGGCAGCAGUGCACCAUCCUCAGUACCACACUCAUUGGCGACAUCGCACGACGACGAGGACAACGAGGACGACGAGAGUAGCAGUCGUCGAGCCGGGGGAACCAGAACAAAGAGCAACCAGCGAUGGAUGAAACUCCGCACAACCGUCCAACUGUCUUCGGCAAUAUCAACAAUUCAGAAGAAGCCGCCGUUGAAGCGUGAGGAUUCCUUCCUGAAGAGAUUCUCAACGAGACAAAUACCGGAGAGCCAAGAGACACUUGAUACUGGCGAGGGUGAGGGCGAUACUGCGGACGAUAAAGAUUCAUCAAGGAGACGACGUAGACCGAGGAAACCACAAAGACCACCGAAGACAGUUGUUAAUCCAGACGAGAACUUUUAUUACUACUGGCUUAUGCUGCUCUCUGCCUGUGUACUUCAUAAUCUUUGGACAUUAAUUGUGCGACAGAGUCUUCCGGAAUUGCAGGCAAUGGCACCAGCUGCCUGGUUGGCCUGCGACGGCUUCACCGAUCUCAUAUUUUUCCUCGAUGUUGGUGUGCAAUUUAGAACUGGUUAUCUUGAGCAAGGACUCAUGGUUUACAACAACAAAAAAUUAGCUGGUCACUACCUCAAAUCAAAGUCAUUUAUUCUCGAUCUAUUGGCACUACUACCACUCGAUCUACUGCAAGUCAAUCUGGGCAGCAAUCCUAUGCUCAGAUUUCCACGUUUUCUCAAGGUUUAUCGGGUUUAUAAUUAUUACUACAUGGUGGAGUCGAGAACAGUUUAUCCGAAUUUGUGGCGUGUGUUGAAUUUGAUACACAUACUUCUGAUACUUGCACACUGGUUUGGAUGUUUUUAUUAUCUGCUGAGUGAGGCGGAGGGCUUCCAGGGGGACUGGGUGUAUCCGUACAGACCGGGUGAAUAUGCAACACUCGCUAGGAAGUACCUGGGAUCGCUUUACUGGUCCACGUUGACACUUACUACUAUUGGGGAUCUACCGACGCCUGAGACCAACGCCGAAGUCACUGCGGGCGGCAAUCCCCGGAGCCUCGCUCGUCGCGGCCGACUGUCCCGGCUACUGCAGUUCAAGCAUAACGGAGGAUACGUAUUCACAAUAGUCAGCUAUCUCAUCGGGGUCUUCAUAUUUGCUACAAUCGUUGGACAAGUUGGCAAUGUCAUCACCAAUCGAAAUGCCAAUAGGCUUGAAUUUGAGAGACUGCUUGAUGGGGCUAAGACCUACAUGAGGCAUCAUAAGGUGCCUGGUGGUAUGAAGAGACGUGUGCUCAGGUGGUAUGACUACAGCUGGUCCAGAGGACGGAUCCAGGGCGGUGGGGAUAUUAAUACCGCCCUUGGUCUACUGCCGGACAAGCUGAAGACCGAGCUUGCGCUACACGUCAAUCUGUCUGUCUUGAAGAAAGUCACCAUUUUCCAGGAAUGCCAACCAGAAUUUCUGCACGAUCUCGUACUCAAGAUGAAAGCCUACAUAUUCACACCCGGUGACUCGAUAUGUCGAAAAGGUGAAGUUGCCAGAGAGAUGUUUAUCAUAGCGGAUGGAAUACUCGAGGUGAUCAGUGAAACUGGACGAGUGUUGACCACCAUGAAGGCCGGCGACUUUUUCGGAGAAAUUGGAAUUCUCAAUCUCGAUGGACUGAAUAAGCGCACCGCCGAUGUGAGAUCAGUCGGCUACUCGGAGCUCUUCAGCUUAUCGCGAGAGGACGUUCUAGCGGCGAUGAAGGACUACCCCGAGGCCCAGGAGAUUCUCCAGAACCUCGGUAGAAAGCGUCUGAUGGAGGCGCAACGUGUCGCACGCGCAUUUCGUCACGGCGUUCCAACAUCCCCCGGUCACGACUCCUCCGACAACAGUACCGGUAAACGCAUCGUUGAUAAGCUGAAGAGUGACGUCAAAGGCCUGAAGAACGUUCUCCGAAAGAGUCGCCGUGUUGGCCGUCCAGACGAGUCAAUGGAGCUGCAACCACUGGCCCCCAAAGUUCCCCCACUCCGCCGACAGCACAAGAUUGAUGACGAUAGAAUAGAGGAGACAUCCGCCUCGGAGCCGCCGGUGUCUCCAUUGGGUGCUGGACUUCCGCUUCUUGCGCGCCUUCGUUUGCUGAAGGAGAAGCAGGAACGCGAGGAGAAGCGUCACCUCAUGGAGACACAUGCGCACCCGAGCGACGUGACCCACUCAACGGUAGCUCAGCAGAGCUCUGCAGAUCAGCUGAAUCCGGCGAAUCCAAAUCUCCCACUUCUGCAGAGGAUAUUGCUCCUGAAAAACAAGACCGAGGUGGAGCCGGUGGUCGAUAAGGAAGCGCCAGCGAAGGAGCCACUGCUGAUGAAGAAAGUGAGCUCCGAGGAAACGCAGAGUGCCAAGUUACCAGUUGAUACGCCAAAGAGUUCACCGGUAUCAGUGGAGAAUGGUAACUAUGGAAGCAGUAAAAAGCCCUGGGUAAUGCUGAAAAAUGCUUCAUUAACGGCCAGGGAGUCGGCGGUUUCCUCGCCGCAGAUGAUUAGCCCUCAGAGGAGGAGUCAGAUUAAGCAGACUCUCGUGCAAAUCCGACAGCAGACCAAAAUGUAUGCCUCUGUUGAUGAUCUUUCGCCUGAGUACUGUGGGCUUCCUUUUGUUAAGAAACUGAAGAUACUCAAUGAGAGGCAGAAGCUCGCUGAGCUGGAGAAGGCGGUGAGGAGCUCCAGUCUGGACUGCGGGGAGAAUAAUGAGGGGGGGUUCAAUGGAAGCCUCACGAGGAGUCACUCAGAAGCUUGCGCCAUUGAGUAUGCCAGGAAAUUAGCUAGAUUUAAUAAGGAGCAUCCGAAUUCCCAGUCGCCCUCCGACCCCCUCUCCCCCGAGAACGAGACCCUCGAGAGACGGAAUCUGAAGAGCAUCCUUAAAAAAUUAUCAUCGGGAAGUAGAGCUGGAAGUACAGACACAUCGACUGGCACAAGUACACCGGAUCCAGAUGUAGUGAGUGAUGAGUUGAGAAAACUCAUGAGGGCACAAACAAUUGAGGGCUACGCCGCAAGGCACUCUAAAUUAUCAAAAAGUGUUACUUUCAAUAAGUAUACAUUGCAGAGCCCUCCAUCGGAGCAAUUGCCAGUGGAAAAAUACGCCGAAGAGAAGUUGUCGUUAUCGCAGGAGCAAACCCCACUGCCACCGCCCAAUAAAAUUAGUUUCCGUCCUCUUGGCACUGGGGGAAUACUGCAGAUGGUGACGAGACACAGUGAUGACGAGUAUCUUGGCGAUUUGGUCUUGGGCAUACGGGAAGUCAUACAAAAACGUCUGGAGGGCAUCCAAAGUAAAUUCGAGCACCAAUUCACAUCCCUCGAGCUGGAAAUCCGAAAGAGAGACGAGAUAAUAUCCCAACUCCAAGCCCGAAUCCAGGAAUUAGAGCAGCGAGAAUUACCGGGGAACGACUCCUGUGACGACAGUACAGAGCCAGACGUAUCGAUGGAGGAGGACGCAGUGGACGACGGUGAGGACCAUCCCUUCAUGCGAGACGGUUCCGUUGACACAGUUCUCGGUGGUACAAGACCAAGACUGAGGCGUUCGUCAACGGUGACGGAAGGUUCUCGACACCGUCGCUCCUGGGAGGAGCACUCCGAGGAGGAGACCCUCCAGCUCCAAGACCUUCCCCGUUCAAUAUCCCCGCAAAACAUCUGGAAGGACGAAGUCGCCAUUGAUCUUGAAUCCAACAGUGACGACAGCAAAUCCGAGGACGACGCUGAUCCCCCAGGUAGACGAAGAAGUGCUGACGAUUACGCUGACGAUGCACCUGGUCACAACAACUGGGAGGUGACAAUGCUAGCUCAGGAGCUUGAGAACAGAAGACGUAACAGCGAGGGCUCAAGUCCUGGCUCCUAGCGCAUUAACGAAAUACUGGAAUUGCUGUGUUAUUACAAGAGGGGAAUGCACUCGAAACGCCGGGGCAAAACAGCACGAAAGAGUGUCGGUGGAAGUACAAGUUUCAAUGAUGACGAGUUACCGUUUCCCGGUGUCUCGUGUUUCAAUGGUUGCAAUGAAACCAUGAUGUGAGGGACUACAAUCAUUCUCAUUUAUAUGUUGAUUAGUUAUUAUGUACGGGAGAAAUUCAUCGGAAAACUUGCACCAUUGAACAGAAUAUUCACUUGCAUUUCUGUUGGGAGUUCUAUUAUUUUUCUCGGUUGAAAAUAUUCUGCAGAAAGAAUGAAUCACUAAUACUUCUCUGCAACCAGUUCUGUUGAGAUUGUUUCUAGAAAAAUUAUUCGGUUCAAAUAUUCCAAAAUGAAUGAAUUUUUGUGUCAUGGGGUGUGUUGAAAGUUGGAAACAUGAUGAGCAAUUUAUCUUGAAACGUGAAUUAUCGAAAAACAACGUUUUUCACUUUUACCUUUCAUCCGAUUAAUUUUUUAAUAUUGGUUAAUCCCCAGAGAAAAGAGGUAGACAUUAGUUUUACGAUCCAUUGAACGGAUCGUAAAAAACCUUUUAAAAAAUGAAAAAUUAAUGAGUCGAUGUGAAAGGAAUAAACGAAAAAAAAAUUCUUCAAUUUUUCCAUGAUCUGUACAAUGAAUGGUUACACGGAUGCAUACGGUCUAUCGAACAUUUUGAAACUUUAGGCACUUGAAGGAUUUUAAGACUAAAAAUGAGAAACGUCAUCUUUAUUGAUUAAUAGGGCAAAAUAAAUUAUUGACAUUUUUCUGGUUUUCAAACGUAUUCCAGAAUCUAUCAAUUCACAUUUGUUCAACAAGUUACUAGCUGUAACGAGGACUUUGAAAUUUCUCCGCGGUCCACGCAUGAGAAAAUUCACGAUAACCUAGCGAAUUCACUAGAAAAUUCUACUGGAAUUCUAUAGGAAUUUUAUGGGGUUUCUAUAGAAUUUGUAUUGGAAUUCUAUUGAAAAAUUCUACUUCUUCUUUGCGCUGAGUCUAUUGCAUACUUGAUAGGAAAAAGUCAAUAUAUUUUGAAUUUCUGCUCGAAUUUCUCUUGGGUUUUUUUUUCUAUUAGAAUUAUUGGGCACAAAUAGAAUUAUUUGGAAACAAAAAUAUAGGAAAUUG